CGUUCUGAAUUGGGAGCGAUUCGCAUGACAGAGUUUAGGUGGGCGUGUUACGUCGAUUAGCACCAGGCUGUCGAAACGAACGAGACGCAAAGAUCGAUUUCCCCAUGGAGAGCAGGAGAUGGAUUUGUAUUCUAAUGUGCGCCAUCAUGAGCUGGAGCAGCGUAGCUCCGCGAGCAGAGGGUCGAGCAUUCUUCGUGUUCGGAGAUUCACUGGUGGACAACGGCAACAAUAACUACCUCGCCACCACCGCCCGCGCCGAUUCCUAUCCUUACGGCAUCGAUUCUCCCUCUCACAGAGCCUCGGGCCGUUUCUCCAACGGCCUCAACAUCCCCGACAUCAUCAGCGAGAAAAUUGGAUCCGAACCCACGCUGCCAUAUUUGAGUCCAGAGCUCAACGGAGAGAAGCUCCUGGUCGGGGCCAACUUUGCUUCCGCCGGAAUAGGAAUUCUCAACGACACUGGAAUCCAGUUUAUAAACAUAAUCCGGAUCGGGCGGCAGUUGCAGUUGUUCGAACAGUACCAGCAGCGGGUGAGCGCCCUGAUCGGAGAGGAGCAAGCAGGACGACUGGUGAACGAAGCACUGGUGCUCAUAACGCUGGGCGGCAAUGAUUUCGUCAACAACUAUUACCUGGUGCCCUUCUCCGCUAGAUCCCGCCAGUUUGCCCUCCCCGAUUAUGUCGUCUACCUUAUCUCCGAGUAUCGCAAGAUUCUCGCGAGACUGUACGAGUUGGGAGCGAGGAGAGUGCUGGUGACGGGGACAGGACCAAUAGGGUGCGUGCCUGCAGAACUGGCGUUGCACAGCAGGAACGGAGAGUGCUACGCGGAACUGCAGAGAGCAGCAGGUAUGUUUAAUCCGCAGCUGGUCCAGCUGCUCACCCAACUCAACUCUGAAAUUGGCUCUGAUGUCUUCAUCUCCGCUGAUGCCUUCGCCAUGCACAUGGAUUUCAUCUCUGAUCCUCAAGCUUACGAAAAUGGAGAAGUGAAGCGGGGAUGGGUGUGUGCGCGCGCGCGUGUGUGCAGGAUUUGUGACGUCAAAGGUCGCGUGCUGUGGACAAGGGCCGUACAAUGGGAUAGGACUGUGCACUCCGGCGUCGAACUUGUGCCCGAACAGGGACAUAUUUGCAUUUUGGGAUCCCUUUCAUCCCAGCGAGAGAGCCAACCGACUGAUCGUCGACAGAUUCAUGACCGGAUCCACCCAGUACAUGAACCCCAUGAACCUCAGCACCAUCUUGGCUUUGGAUUCUAGGACCUAGCCUUUAGUUAUUUAUAUACAGUGCAGCAUCGUGCUUUCUCUUUAUUAUUUGUCCUCCUCCUACUUUUAUGUUGUAUUUCAUCAUUGAACUGAGUGAUGUGUCUCUACAUGCCCUCGUCUGAUUCUUCAAAUUAAUUAUGGAAUGUACGCGUCCAUGCAAUGCUCUUAAUGUCCUGAAUAAGAGUAUAAAAUCGUCUUAAUCUUAACUCAGGCCAUGCCGCAUCAAUGAAAGGCCCGUUUUAGUGGAACGUGUAUUUAUUAACAAA